AAGUUAUUUUUAGUUUCAGUUGAAUUGACUUGUUAAAAUAAGAUCCCUAAUUGUUAGGGUGUUAGUUGCAAUAAAUUCCUAGUUGUCAGGGUGUUAAUUGCACAAAAUCUUCCAUUUCUGUUGCUUUGUAAAGGCUAUUUAAAGCCACUUUCUUUAAUCGAAUGAUAGACUGAUUUCUCUCCAAAGCACAAUACCUUACAAAUUGGUAUCAGAGCUUGCCCUAGCCGAAAGAAAAAAAACACAAGCAGUUGUUCUUCCUUGAGAGAUCCAGACACAGAGAGAAAAGAGAGACCAUUUGAGCGAUCUAAACACAGAGCGAGAAGAAGAAAACACAGCAGUUGUUUUCUCUUGAGAGACCCAAACACAGAGCGAAAAGCGAGAUGAGUGAAGAGAAGAGUUUUUUACAACCAGCUAUCCCACGUUUCGAUGGUCAUUAUGACCAUUGGAGCAUGCUCAUGGAAAACCUUUUGAGUUCCAAAGGGUAUUGGAGCUUGAUUGAAACUGGUUACCCAGAACCAGUGGCCAACGUGGUGUUAUCUGAAGAACAGCACAAGCAAUUGGAUGAUUUGAUGGUGAAGGAUCUCAAGGUCAAGAAUUAUUUGUUCCAGUCCAUCGACAGAACAAUCCUUGAACAAAUCCUGGAGAAGCGAACCUCAAAACAGAUUUGGGAUUCCAUGAAAAAGAAGUUUGAAGGCAGCGCAAGGGUCAAACGAUCCACUCUUCAAGCUUUAAGAAGAGAUUUUGAAGUUCUGGAAAUGAAAGUAAGUGAAACUAUUACUGAAUAUUUUGCUCGUGUCCUGAGUAUAGCGAACAAAAUGAGGAGUAAUGGAGAACAGAUGAAGGAUACUAUUAUUGUGGAAAAGAUCCUUAGAACUUUAAUUGAAAAAUUCAACUAUGUAGUUGUUUCAAUUGAAGAAUCUAAGGAUAUUGACACUCUCACCAUUGACGAAUUGCAAAGUUCGCUCACUGUGCAUGAACAAAAAUUUUCAAGAAGCCAUGGUGAGGAACAGGCAUUCAAAGUGACAGUAGGUGAUAGAUAUGGAAGCCGAGGAUGAGGCAG